AUGGCCCCUCCGUCCCGUCCCGUCGCGUCGCGUCCCCUCCGACCGACCGACCGGGCGGCGCCCAGCCCAGAGCCCCCUGCCUCCGUCCCCUCCCUCCCUCCGUCCCUCCCUCGGCCGGCUGCCGCUGCCAGUCACUGCCCGGCCGGCCGUCGAGACCCCCCGGGGAGGGGGGGAGAGGAGGGGCUGUCGGUGGCCCCGCGCCCGCCUUCUGGGUGGGGGCCGAGGGCGGCUCAGCUCCAGGGCGGGCGGGGGGCCCGUCGGAGCCGGAGGGCUUUCCGCGGAGCGACUGUUCACGUUGCAGCAAAGGACCGGCCCCGCGGGGCUGCGCGCCCAUCCGGCCCCUUCGCCUGCGGGCAGCGCCACCGAAGCCCCCCCGGCCAGCGCUUCGUGGCGCGGAACCCGGACCGGUCCGAAGCGCCGCGCCUCCGGCAAAAGCGCCUCUCGGGUCCAGAGCCACGGAUUCCACCACAAGCGGCACAGGUCCACUGCUCUGUGGCCAACACCACGGCGCAAAAAGGGAGGACAAAUCCUCAUGGAUUUCAUGGAUGUGUUAUUUCAUUGCAGAGAUUGUAA